UCAGUUUGACUUUGCCACUCGCUACGUUUUCGUGUUUAUUGAGGCUGGCAAUACGAAAAUCUAACACAAAAUAAGCCGCCCACCUCAUCUAGUACUCUGCCUACGACAAUGCGGCGUUUGUUGCUUUUGGGACUGCUGGCUCUGGUACUGGCCAGACCCAGGCAGGAGAUGCAGCUGCUCAUCGACUCGGCGCCCUCGGUGGUCUCCUAUCAGGGCUCUUCGCAGACGCACACACGGUUUGUCAUCGCGCCCAUGGGUCGUGCCUUGGGUUAUGUGGAGCCCACGAAUGUGAAUCGGACAUUUCAUACACAUCCAAAUGAAUCGAACUAUUCAGCUGGCCAUGAGCUGUUCCAGCCCAGGCCCGUCUAUGUGCCCUAGUCGUAGUAGUCAAAUG